CUCCAACACAAAAUUCUUCAAAAUCCAACUGUAUCCCUUACUUCCAUUAUUUCUUACACAAACUCAACCUUCGUCCCGCGAAUCUCGCUCUCUCUCUCUUACAAAAACUAACAUUAAAAUCAACUCUAUUAUUAUUACAAUGCCGAUGAACUAACUUAAUUAUCCAUACACACCGCCUCUGUUCCUCCACCACCGGAAAAUGGAAGAGCUCACACUCGUCUGCGGCGGAGCAAGAGGAGGUGACCGUGCCACUCCGGCAUUGGCGCUUAAGCUGGUCGGAGAGAUCGUUGGUGUGUCCAUUUCUGGUGGAAUUAAAGGUGGUGAUGGAUUCUUGUUUAGAAAAGAUUGUAUGGAUCUGGUGAGGAGGGUUUCUUUGUUGACGCAUUUUCUUGAGGAGAUAAGGGAAUCUGGACCGUUGGAUUAUUUUCCGGGUUCUCCGUCGUCGUCUUCUGGUAGUGUUGUUAAUUGGUGCUCGGAGCUUUUUGCCGCUUUGUUGGCGGCUAAGCGUUUAUUACUGGUUGCUCUCACUUUUAAAUCUACUCCUCAGAAUUCUGAUGGAGCCACCAAGAAAUUUGCAGUACAGUUUCAAUGUGUGACGCGGAAACUGGAAAAGGCUUUGGUUAACGUACCGUAUGAUCAAUUUGACAUCUCCGAGGAAGUGCAGGAACAGGUUACACUUGUGAGAUCGCAGUUACGAAGAGCCACAGAAAGAUAUGGGUCGCUGAGUUUGAGGACGGCGUCUGUUGCCUUAGGUGAGCUGAUGAAUAAAGAAGCUGAUGAUGUACGGAAGGGGAGUAGGUUAACUAAAAGUGGGCAUAUUGAUAAAAGUGUUAGCAUCAAUCUUGAAGUUUUAGAUAGGCCAGAUGAUGUUUUAGAAAGUAAUGUGUCAAAGGGUCAUGCUGUUGAUCAGUUGAUAACUGAAACAAAGGAAGUUGUUGGCAGCAAGAAAUAUAAUUUGCCCAGCAAGAAUGUGGAAGACUUGAAGAAACCUGAUGCACCCGCGAUUCCUGAUGAUUUUCUAUGCCCCAUUUCCUUGGAAAUAAUGAGGGAUCCUGUUAUCGUGGCUACAGGACAGACUUAUGAGAGGUCCUACAUUCAAAGAUGGAUAGAUACUGGCAAUACAACAUGUCCAAAAACUCAACAGAAGCUUCAACAUUUGACGCUGACUCCAAAUUAUGUUAUGAGAAGUCUAAUAACUCAGUGGUGUGUACAGCACAAUAUCGAGCAGCCAAGGGCAUUAGCAAAUGGGAGAAUAAAAAAGAGUGACGGAUCUUUUCGUGAUGUAAGUGGUGAUAUAGCAGCUAUUCAGGCACUUGUUCGUAAGCUUUCAAGCCGGUCCAUUGAAGAGCGCAAAGCUGCUGUGUUGGAAAUUCGAUCACUAUCUAAAAGGAGUACAGAUAACCGUAUACUAAUAGCAGAAGCAGGAGCUAUUCCUAUGAUGGUCAACCUUUUAACUUCUGAAGAUGUGUCAAUACAAGAAAAUUCAGUUACUGCCAUUCUUAACCUCUCAAUUUAUGAAAAUAACAAGGGACUAAUAAUGCUUGCCGGUGCCAUCCCUUCUAUCGUCCAAAUUCUCAGGGCUGGGAGUGUCGAAGCAAGAGAGAAUGCUGCAGCAACACUUUUUAGCUUGUCGCUUGGGGAUGAGAACAAAAUUAUAAUCGGUGCAUCAGGGGCAAUACCAGCUUUGGUAGAAUUACUCGAAAAUGGAAGCCCUAGAGGGAAGAAAGAUGCUGCGACAGCCUUGUUCAAUCUGUGCAUUUAUCAAGGGAACAAGGGCAGGGCUGUCAGGGCCGGAAUAAUUCCAGCGCUAUUGAAAAUGCUAACAGACUCGAGAAACUCUAUGGCCGAUGAGGCUCUAACCAUUCUUUCUGUCCUAGCUAGUAACCAAGAUGCCAAGGCUGUCAUAGUAAAGGCUAGCACCAUACCUAUUCUCAUUGAUCUGUUGAGAACCGGUCAGCCGCGCAGCAAAGAAAAUGCAGCAGCCAUUUUGCUUUCAUUGUGCAAGAGAGAUCCUGAGAAUCUUGCCUGCAUAAGUAGGCUCGGUGCUGUCGUACCUUUGAUGGAGCUUACUAAAAGCGGCACUGAGAGGGCCAAGCGAAAGGCGGCUUCAUUGUUGGAGAAUCUUCGAAAGCUACCGCAACGCUAGCAAAGGUAGCUCUACAACAAGCUUCAAUUUUUAUUUAAUUUUUUUCAAAAUCAUUUGGUUAAUUUUAAUCCAAUUAUUUUUCAUUGAUUGCCACACCAUUCCAUUAAUUAUAGUGUGAGAACUGAGAAUAUAAGCAUGGGAGACAAAGUCUUUCCCAUUGCUUUCACUGUAUUUAAUUUCUUCUCAAUUGAGUGUGUAAAAAAUACUACUAAUGUCUUGUUUGUCUUGAAAAUUUUAAUUCAAGAUUGUUUUUCUCUA